AUGGAGCCCAGAGGGAGAAGGAUAUGGCAGGUCUGCAUCGCGGUGCUGUGCGCUGGAGCCGUUACAAGAGCAGAGGUAAAGGCAUCACCCCCAAAUACCGGGCAAGUCAAACACAUGCCAGAACCGGAGGGAGACUUCAACGGGACAACAAAGGAAACGGCCAGAAACACAACGUGGAUCCCAACCACUUUGGCUGGCCCUACAGAGGGCUCCACGGAUGCCUACACUGUGAACAGGGGAGACACGACUGCAGACAACGCCAAAGUUUCCAGCUCCAUCUCCCCCAAGUACUGGUCCCCCAUUAUCUUUGUGGUGCUCGCCUUGAUCGUCCUGUUCUUCACGUACCGGAGGAAACGCGGGCGAGGCACCAGCAGCCGCGCAGCGUCCAUGGCCGAGUCCUCAGACUCCGACAUGCCCAUUGUUCCUGACCCCGACCGGCACCGUGUUUCUCACCAGGAAAAAAGCUCAUCCUUCCCAGGGAAGCAGAGACCGACGGACACAGGGACGCCAGUGGCAGAGACGUCUCCAAGCCCAGAGAUGAUGGAGUCAGUUUUCUGCGAGCCAUGCUCAUCCUCGUACCAGGCUGCCGUGUCCAUAACAGCUGAAGUCUCUGACAGCUGUCCCAGGACCUCAGGGGGUGAUUAAACCUCCCAGCCCCUCUCCCUGGACUGAACAUAGAGAAACCAAAAGGAUUCUUAUGCAGCCUCUGCCCACUGGCCCCAGCACCCCUGACCAGUUUGUACCCACUGGAGAAGGACAACUGGGAAGGCGACACUCCCUCCUUACACAGCACUGCUCAUCAUGCUGCAUGGAUGGUGGUGAGGCCCCAUUUCACAGAAGGGGAAACUGAGGCAUAGAGCAAUGAGGUCCGAGACAUGACUAGCACGUGUGCUGCCUUGCCCUCACUGGCACAAACUCCCAUAGCAGCAAACACAUGGUAGCACCCAGGGUCCAUGCCCAGGGCCCUGGGUAGACUCAGGUGGGUUGCAGCCCCUGCCACUGCAUUUCACCCCCAGCAUCACCUUGGUUGCAUUCAAGUUGCAAACCAGCCGUUUCAUGCUGCAUUGAUGCCCCCCAUGCCUGGCCUGGAGCAGAGCGAGGAUGCAAAGCCCAGGUCUCCUGUUAGGUAGCCUGGCACCGGACUACAUUCCCUGCCUUUGCUUUGCCCACGGCUCCAACUGAGACUGAGCAUGUGUAUAAGUGAUACUGAGCUGAGCAAGGGGAUACGUUCUGCUGGGAUAAAGACCUUGUCUUCCUCCUGCUGCGACAGUCCUGAUGUUGGCAGGGCAGGGGAGCAUAUGUGCAGGUUGCUGGCUACUCCAAUAAAGCAGUAUUUCAUGUCGGGGACCCGAUGAUCCUCAGCUGGGGGUUGCAGGCCUGCAGCUCUGUGUCCAAACCCAGCUCCUCUCCCCCUCCGCCUUCCUGGGGCCCGAACGCCCCCACAGACACUGCUCCCACCUGUCAGCAGGCAGGGGAGAAAUGACACACAUUACAGCCAAAGCUCUUCGCUUC